AUGGAGGCUGCACUUUGCCUAGGCUAUGGCCCUUUUCUAAGCAUUUCCCUUCGCAUGCCUUCCAGCACAAGUACGACACCAGCCUCCACCAAACUUCAUUUCGGGUUCAACCAUUCUUCUAUAUCAGUUUCUAGCGGUUUCAUGACUAACCGCCGACGAUGUCAUCAUUUCUUUAGUUCCAGACCUCUUGCACUUGACAGAUCUAAUUCAUCAAUGCCUUCUGCAAACGAAAAGGAUGGUGGCAAAGUUGUUCGAGGGGCAGUUGGGGCUUCUCUGGCUUUGGCUUGUGCUCUAAGUAUCAUCGGUUGUCGCUGUAAGAUGAACCUUAAAGCUAUUGCCGGUCCUAAGCAGCAGGUUUAUCAGAAAGCUCCAUCUUUCCAGCAAUUUGCACCUCCAGCACCGAGGAAAAUGGCACUGAAGUCAUUGUUGGAUGUGACUGUGAACCUUGCUUCAAAAGAGGUUAGAAGGGCGAGGGACGUUAGUCCAGGGACACUACCGCCUCCUUCAAGGCAUUUGCCUCCGUCCAAGGAUCAAAUUGAUCAACUCAAGAAUUACUUAUCGAAGGGUGGCAAAAAGAGGACAAGCAAAUAUGCCAAUUCAAUAACUACAGUUGUGACUCUGACUCAUCUUAAACGUUUGGGUACAAAGGAGGCGGUGAGCCUAAUGAAACGUGGGCAGCCUGAUCAAGCACUAUCCAUGUUGAAGAAUGAAUACAAGAAAUAUGAAAUGUCCGGACCUGAGACCGCUUACUAUAUGAACAUGGUACUAGUAGAAAUUCUCAUCUGUCAGGGAAAAUACGAAGAAGCCUUUGAGUUUAUGAGUGCUUACGAUCAAAAAAUUUCAGAUUUUGAUGUUCGGCCUACUCUUUACAAGGCAAUUCUAUGCACCAUGCUAGAUAGAGAUGAAGAAGGUCAGCAAUUAUGGGAAGAAUUCGCAAGAUCCAUUGGAGGGUUUUCGCCCUAG